AUGGACACAGACGCGUACCGAUUUCGUGUCCCCAAGCCGAAUUAUUUGCCUCACAGGACCGACAAGGACGACAUCGUCGAAGAAUACGAGCCUCUCGGCCAAGCCAGUGAGCUCGACAACGCCAAGUACUUCGCGAAAUGCAAGCGCAUAGCUGAGGAGUCUGGCAUCACACGACCAAAAGGCUACAAUGUCUCUUUUCAUUGCAAUCCCGAAAUGGAGAAGCACCACUUCGGCCAGACUCAUCCUAUGAAACCCUGGAGACUUACCCUUUCCAAGAGUCUCAUUUAUUCUUACGGCAUGUCUUUCGCCAUGGACAACUACAUCGCCCGCGCUGCCACAUACGAAGAGCUCAACGAUUUCCACUCGGACGACUACUUGGACUUCCUGGGCACCGUCCUGCCCGAGCCUGUUCCUAGGGACGUUGAGAACGCUAACCCCGAUCUUAAGUUUAAUCUGGGCGGCUCCGACUGUCCUCUGUUCGAAGGCCUCUACGACUACUGUUCCAUGUCAGCAGGCGGAUCUCUUGAUGCUGCGCGCAAAAUAUGUUCCAACCAGUCCGACAUUGCCGUAUCAUGGGGAGGCGGCUUGCAUCACGCGAAAAAGGCCGAGGCGUCUGGAUUCUGUUACAUCAACGACAUCGUCCUGGCCAUUCUGCAGCUAUUACGGUGCUAUCCUCGUGUCCUUUACAUCGAUAUUGAUGUGCACCACGGAGAUGGUGUUGAGGAAGCAUUUUAUUCCACCGACCGCGUUAUGACGGUAUCAUUUCACAAAUACGAUCCUCUCAACUUCUUCCCCGGUACCGGCGGACUGGACGAUAAUGGUCCUAAGAACGAGCAUAACCCAGGCGCGCACCAUGCGAUCAACGUUCCUCUGAACGACGGCGUCACUGACGACCAGUACAAGUGGCUCUUUGAGAAUGUCAUUGGCAAAUGCAUGGAGAAGUUCCGACCUAGCGCUAUUGCGCUGCAGUGUGGUGCCGACUCUCUCGCCGGAGAUCGUCUAGGACGUUUCAAUCUUCAAGUCCAAGGCCAUGGUGCCUGCGUCGAGUUCUGCAAAUCAUUUGGAGUGCCCAUGAUCCUCUUUGGUGGCGGCGGGUACACUCCCCGCAAUGUUGCCCGCGCCUGGGCCUUCGAGACCAGUAUUGCCAUCGGCUGCCAGGACAAGAUCGAUCCCAUCAUUCCGACACACGCUCCUUGGAGAGACCAAUUUAGGUAUGAGGAGUUGUUCCCGACACUGGAACAGAUUCUCGGGGAGCCGCGUGUCAACCGCAACACACGAAAGAAACUGGAUGAGGUGUUGCAGCAUGUGACAGAACAGCUGAGGUUCGUGCAAGCAGCUCCAAGUGUACAGUACCAGACCAUUCCCCCAGACCUGGGCGGUCUGAGAGACGACGUUGAAGCAGCACUCAAAGAACAGCGAGAGGCCGAGAAUGACGCUGUGAGGAAACAACGAGAAGAGGCCGUUGGACAAGCCAUGGAGUAUUGA